UUUUGUCUCCUCUCCAUCAGCGCCUUCAUUUUCCUCUUAUCGUGCUUUCCAGGAAGUUUGCCUGCUGGGAGAAUCGUUUUGACAAUUUCCCGUGUUGUCAGAUAGCUCCAUAGAAUUCAAUUUCUGAGAACCAGCCAGAGGCAUGCAGUGACAUUGCAUAAUCCUCCUCUGAAGCCGGAGAUACCAGCGGGAGAGCUCACAGGAGCUGUUCCACACCAAGAUGAAGGGGGCAGGCAUCAUGGAUGGUGCGCCCAAGACACUCUUGGCCAGAGCACUUUAUGACAACCACCCAGACUGCUCCUACGAGCUGGCUUUCUGCAGAGGAGACAUCUUGACCAUUCUGGAACAAAACGUGCCAGAAAGCGAGGGCUGGUGGAAGUGUUUGCUCCACGGGAGGCAAGGUCUGGCCCCUGCCAACCGCCUCCAAAUCCUCCCUGAGGCCCCCGCCGACAGGCCCUGUCCCCCUUUCCUGAGAGGCCUGGAGGAAGCUCUCACCAACUCCGAGGAGACCUACCAGGUGCCCACCCUGCUCAAGCCCCCGACUCCAGGCCCUGUAUAUGAGCACAUGAAGGGCUGGGUAGAGGGGCCUCCACCCACCACCGCGCAAGUCUACGAAUUCCCUGACCCACCUGCCCGCGCCAGAAUCGUCUGUGAAAAGACUCUAAGCAUUCCAAAACAGGCCUUCUUCAUGAUCCCCAGACCUGCUUGGGCCUCGUUGCCAACGCUGCCUUCCCAGGUGUAUGACGUACCGGCCCAGAGCUGGGGCCCCCCAGCCCUGAAGGAGCCAGAGAAGCAGCAGUUAUAUGAUAUACCCCCCAGCCCCCAAAAGGCAGGACUUGGUCCCUUGGCCAGCCAACCACAUGGGCAGAGUGCUCCCCUGGUGUCAGCAAUCACCGUGAGGCAAGGCGGCUAUAACACGUUACCGAGCCCCCAGAAAUCCGAAUGGAUUUAUGACACACCAGUGUCUCCAGAAAAAGCCAAUGGCAGAAAUGUAUCUUUGAGCAGCUUUGUGGAAGAAUCAGAGCCCCACACUCCCCCCAGGUAUAUGUCCAGCUUCCAGAAUCCUCUGAACAGCAAAGCAAGGUCCCUCUAUCCACACCUGCAUAAAAAUGUGCCCAUGCAGAAAAAACUCAGCCUUCCAGAAAUCCCUUCUUAUAAAUCCCUGGCACCCAGGGACACAUUUCCCUUGGACAAGGGUGCUGGCUACAAGGUGCCUCCAAGCUUUCUGAACCCCCGCGUGGAACAGAAGGACACCAAGCCAAACAUUUAUGACAUCCCUAAAGUGAUGCUGAGCGGCCCCCAGGCCGUGAACGAGCUGGCGAGAGUCAACGGGGCCCCGGAGAAUGCCCUGGACCACAGCUCCUCAUUGUUCUCUGGCCAGGCCCCUUCGCUGUCUCUGGAACCGGACAGGUUGUCCGUUUCCAGUUCUGACAGCAGAGCCAGCGUUGUCUCCUCGUGCUCUUCCUCGUCCAUGGAAUCCUCUUCUAGCUCCUGCUCGGAGGAGUCAGGAAAGGAGCUCUCCUUGGACCCGGACUUGGCCAGAGAGACAGUAGCGUCUCUGCAGCACAAGGUGGCUGGCGCUGUCGCCAGCCUGAUGCUCUUCGUCAGCAGGAAGUGGAGGUUCAGAGACUACCUCGAGGCCAACCUCAGCGCCAUCCGUAGUGCCGCAGACCACGUGGAAGAAUCUUUGAGAGCAUUCCUGGAUUUUGCCCGCGGGGUCCGGGGGACUGCCUGUAACCUCAGCGACACUAACCUUCAGGCCAGAAUUAGGGACCAGCUACAGACCAUCUCCAAUUCCUACCAGAUCCUGCUUGGAACAAAGGAAAGCCUGGAUAGCUGCAAUUGGUCCUUGGAAGUCCUUGUGACAGACAAAGUCCAAAACAGCCUGGAUGACCUCGAGAGAUUUGUCAUGGUGGCACGGAUGGUCCCAGAAGACAUCAAGAGGUUUGCCUCCAUUGUCAUUGCCAAUGGGAAGCUCCUUUUCAAGCAGAACUGUGAAAAGGAAGAUACCUUGGAAAUGACCCCCAAUGCACAGUUGGAGCUUGCAAAAUGCAUCCAGCCUCCCCAAAGGGAAAUUGAAUCCUACCAAAGAAGUGCUCCUUUUAAUAAACAAAAGGAAAGUGAACAUUCCCCUGAGCUACUAAAGAAAAACGGGACAAUUAUCUGCGAACUGAAGCUGCCUAACCUAGAAGAGACAGAAAAACCCAUCUUGGAAGGAAGGUUGGAUGAAAACAAACACUUCGAAGGACAGAAUCCUAGCUCUCUCAUCCCACAGCCUUUGAGUCAGCAGAAGCCCGAGAAGCGAUUCCACCUUUCUGAACACUGCCGGCUCUAUUUUGGGGCGCUCUUCAAAGCCAUCGGUGUAUUUAACAGCAGCCUCAGCAACAGGCAGCCCCCCGAGAUCUUUAUCACGCAGAGCAAGCUGGUCAUCAUGGUGGGGCAGAAGCUGGUGGACACGCUGUGCAAAGAGACACAGGAGAGAGACGUGCGCAACGAGAUUCUCUGUGGCAGCAAUCACCUUUGCAGCCUGCUCAAGAACCUCGCGUUGGCCACCAAGCACGCCGUGCUCAAGUACCCCAGCCCUGCAGCCCUGGGGCACCUCCAGGCCGAGGCCCAGAAGCUGGAGCAACACACUCGGCAAUUCAGAGGGACGUUGGAAUGAGCCUCCUGCCCCCUCUUUCUCCCUCCCUAAGGUUAACCUCUUAGCUUCUGCUUCCUAGCCCCAACCUGUGCAACUCUGUCCUACGGGCAAAGCCAGCCUAGGGAUGCACUGAUGGGCGGAAGCUGGUAUUACCAAGUGGUUAAACAACCCCAGGACAUUGGCUUAUGCCACAGAGAGCCAGGUAUUAAGAAAGAACCUUGCUAAGUUUUUUAGCAUAGCAUGUGGGGUCAGUGUAUGAAGUGAUGUUAUAGAAACCAAUUUUAUAUUGGUUGAAUGUAUGCCUGCUUUAAACUCAUUCAUUCAACACUUAUUUAUUGGGCAUCUACUUAUGUCAGAUUCUAGGUGCUGGGCAUAUAGCAGUGAAGCAAACAAAGGCCUUGUCCUCAGGGAGCUUACCAUCUAGUGGGGAGAUAGGCGAUAAGUGAUGAAGAAUUACAUACACAAUAUGUCAGGUGCUAGGGAGACAGUAAGGGAGGAGAGACUUAUUUUCAAGUGAUGAAUUUCUGUUGCAUCUGUUAGCAAAUGUGAUAAGUUUUUCAUUUUGGACUGAAUUAAUUUUGUGAGAUUUGGUACAAAUUCUGUAUCUGCAUCUUAUACAACAUAUAUAUAUAUGUAUAUAUAACAUAUGUGUGUAUAUAUAUAUAUAUAUAUAUGCAAUAUAUAUUUUUUUAUUUUAUCUUAACCGAGCUAAAGAUGCAUGUUAUAUUUACAACAUAACAUGUUCUGUUGGAUUCCUUAUUAAUUUAUUUUGUAUAUAAUAGUCGAUGUUGAUAAAUUCAGUAUGUUUACUCAGAAAAGGCUUGUACUUCAACAGUCUCAAAUCUGUUACCAUUUAUAAAGUUAUGUGAAUAUAAUCAUGAAUUAAAGCAUUCUUUGUAGCAAUCCUUUGGAAGAGUUGAUGAUCCAUGUCACCCAGGUUCUGGUGCCAA